UCAUCGCAGAGCAUUCCUCCAGCAGGUCCAACGCCUGAUUCAAGAAAACCCGCGACUCCGGCAGCUGUGCUCCGAAGCAGUUUGCUAAUGUGAUGGUUAACUAGCUAAAGAAUCCCAACAUACAGUAUAUGAGGUACUUAAAAAACCAAGGGAACGAAGAAGGAUGAGGAGAAGUCGAGACAGCGAUCUGACUGAUUGGUUAAUCUGAGGCUCUCAGUGCUUCUCGGAUUCACACACAAAUGUACCGUCGAUUUCCUCAAAUAUCAAGCGUGGUCCGGUGCACGCUGUCACUACCGAUCGGUGCCAAUGUUAUUCCCAAUAUGCGCUGGCAUGACGUCGGAGCAGCAUGAAACGUAAUCAGUGCCGGGGAGGUUAUGGUCAACGCAAAACCCAAACAAACAAAAAACGCUUCAAGCGGAAGCCAGAAAGAAUCCUGACCGUCUGACGACGAAAGAAAAGUGGAUGUCAAAACAAUGGCAUCAGCAACAUCUUUGCCCAAGGCCAACAGUGCUUUCUCUCUGGCUUUGCUCAAACAGCUGAGCAACAACAAGACGGGAAACAUCUUUUUCUCCCUGUUCAGCAUCUCUUCAGCCCUGGCUAUGGUGAUGCUGGGGGCCAGAGGCAACACAGCCACACAGAUGUCAGAGUGCUUGCAAGCCAAGGAUUGUUGGGGUGAUGUUCACAGCAGCUUUGCCAAACUUCUCACUGAACUCAACAGGCCAGAGGCUCUAUUUACCUUCACUGUUGCUAACAGACUGUACAGAGAGAAGUCCUGCCCCUUUACUCAGAAAUUCUUAAUACAAAGCAAGAAACAUUACAGCACAGAGCUGGAGUCUGUGGACUUCAAGACCAGGUCUGAAGAAGUCAGGAUUAAUGUCAACAACUGGAUGCAGCAACACACACCAGGUAACAUCACAGAGGUGGUGGAUGAAGAUGAUUUGAGUGAACUGACCAGGCUGGUGUUGUUCACUGCCACCCACUUCAGAGGCAGCUGGAUUAAAGAUUUCUCGUGGUUUGAAACUUAUGAUGCUCAAUUUUGGCUUAAUAAGGUAAAACAGAGAACACUGACUAUGAAAUAUGAGUGUCUGAAACUAUAACAUUAUAAAGUGUAUAUACUGUUUCUGCUGUGGUUAGUCAUAUUAAACAUGGAGAGUUUCAAAUCAUGAGGUGAGCAAAUGUACAAGUAAUGCCUGUGAGCCAAAGCUCAGAUUUCAGACUUCUGUAAAGGAUCGGUUUCAGUUUUUCUGCUCUUACUUCUGUGUGAUAUGUCAGAAAUAGCAGCCACUCCUCAGACACUAUUUCUACUUUUUAGUUGCGCUUAAAAUUUUCCGUUUUGAUAAAGUAUGCCUUUUUGACAGUGCAUGCCUGGUGGGAACAUCUUAACCUGCAGG